AUGAGUGUAACCCUCCCCCCCCCCCCGAACCGAAGCCCCCUUCCGCCCCGCAGCCCCCUCCCGGCCCGACGCCCUCUGACCAACCGCGAGCUGAUCGAGAGGGAGGUGGAGAGGCAGCUGCAUUCCAUGGCGUGGGGCUACGAGCCGUCUGACCCUUUGGACCUGGCUGGCUCCACUGCGAAGGAGUUCAUAACCGCCUUUGGCACGCUACUCGUGGUCCACUCGGACAGGUUUGAGGCCAUCGUCAAGCGUCGCGCGGAGGCCGAGAAGGCCAAGGGAACUAUUCCGGCGUCCCGCGUGCAGACGUUUGACAGCGUCAUGCGCCGCCAGGUCGUCCAGCACUUUUACUCGCUCAUCGCCACCCUCCCCGGCUACGUGAGCCACCUGCACAGUAUUCUCCUCCACCACGUGUGGAGGGAGGACGGUCUCGACCCGAUCCUCGCCCAGCUAGAUGCGCUGGACGUCAAGUAUGAGUGUGACCUCGAGGAGUCUGCUCAGCACUUUGUCUGCCGCCUCAAUAACCGCAUUAGCAAGUUCACGGGUCGUGACGGUCGCGAGAGGGAUGUUGGACACCGUGUCGGGCAGACGCAGCGCACCAAGGCGACGAGCUCCAAGGGUGAGCACCGCGUCGAGCCUUACGAGCGCGCCAGGGCCAAGAAGUACGAGGGCGGCCUGCUGGAUCGCAUUGCCGCUCGUGGCGAGGAGAACAUGGACCUGGACGACAUGGUUGGAGAUCUGCUGGGUCGCAUUGCGCCGCUUGACAACGACAACCUGGGCUCGCAGCCCAACGGUGGAGAACUGCUGGGUCGCAUUGCCCCCCUUCGCGACGGCGGUGACCACAUGGCCGCGCAGCCCAAGGUUGGCGGCCUGCUCGGUCGCAUUACCCCGCUCGGCGACGGGAACAAGGUUCUGCAGCCCAAGACUCCGAACGGACGCCGUGGCCCCAAGGUUGGCCCCAAGGCCUACAAGGCUGAGGGUGAGGCUCCCGUUGACGCCUAA